UUUCGCAUUUCCAAUUUGGCAGCACUGCUUCGUGCCUGUAGAUUUACAUCACGGGACAGACCAGAGCGCUGUUCUUGUAGCUGUCUGCUUCGUCGGUUCUCCAGACUCCAGUCUCCUGCGAACUUCGAAAAUGUACUCGAAAACGAUCAGCUCUCAGCAGGCUGCACAGGAACAUGUCCUGGCCGUCUCGAGGGACUUCAUUUCCCAGCCUCGGUUGAUUUAUAAGACCGUGUCAGGCGUGAACGGACCUUUGGUUAUAUUGGAUGAAGUGAAGUUUCCAAAAUUUGCCGAGAUCGUUCAACUCAGACUUGCAGAUGGAUCAAAUCGAUCUGGACAAGUACUCGAAGUAUCUGGUUCAAAAGCAGUUGUUCAGGUUUUUGAGGGAACGUCUGGAAUUGACGCAAAAAAUACUCAUUGCGAGUUCACUGGAGAUAUUCUUCGCACCCCUGUAUCUCAAGACAUGCUGGGUCGCGUGUUUAACGGAUCUGGAAAGCCAAUUGAUAAAGGUCCUCCAAUUCUUGCCGAGGAUUUCCUUGACAUCCAGGGUCAACCUAUCAAUCCUUGGUCUCGUAUUUACCCUGAAGAAAUGAUUCAAACUGGCAUAUCUGCCAUCGACGUUAUGAAUUCCAUUGCGCGUGGGCAAAAGAUUCCGAUAUUCUCCGCUGCUGGUUUGCCACAUAAUGAGAUUGCAGCCCAAAUUUGCCGUCAAGCUGGUCUUGUCAAACUACCAGGAAAAUCGGUCUUAGAUUCCCACGAAGAUAACUUUGCUAUCGUCUUUGCUGCCAUGGGUGUCAACAUGGAGACUGCCCGCUUCUUCAAGCAGGACUUUGAGGAAAACGGCUCUAUGGAGAAUGUGUGCUUGUUCUUGAACCUCGCUAAUGAUCCUACGAUUGAGCGCAUCAUUACACCGCGUUUAGCGUUGACGGCUGCCGAAUUCUUGGCGUACCAAUGCGAGAAGCACGUUUUGGUUAUUCUUACUGAUAUGUCUUCGUAUGCUGAGGCUCUUCGUGAAGUGUCCGCAGCGAGAGAAGAAGUACCUGGGCGUCGUGGUUUCCCUGGUUACAUGUACACGGAUUUGGCAACCAUCUACGAACGAGCUGGACGAGUAGAAGGACGCAACGGUUCCAUUACUCAGAUCCCAAUUUUGACCAUGCCUAAUGAUGAUAUCACACAUCCAAUUCCUGAUUUGACUGGAUACAUUACGGAGGGUCAGAUUUAUGUCGAUCGUCAACUUCACAACCGGCAAAUUUAUCCACCUAUCAACGUCCUUCCCUCCUUGUCGCGUCUCAUGAAGUCUGCCAUCGGUGAAGGAAUGACGCGUAAAGAUCAUUCUGAUGUUUCAAACCAACUGUAUGCCUGCUAUGCCAUUGGCAAGGAUGUCCAGGCAAUGAAAGCCGUGGUAGGAGAAGAAGCUCUGACACCAGAUGACCUCCUAUACCUUGAGUUUCUUUCAAAGUUUGAGAAAAAUUUCAUUUCGCAAGGCAGCUAUGAAAAUCGUACCGUCUUCGAAUCCUUGGACAUUGGAUGGCAAUUGUUGCGUAUCUUCCCAAAGGAAAUGUUGAAACGUAUUCCAGCCAAUACUCUCGCGGAAUUUUAUCCGCGAGAUUCGCGGCAUUAG